AUUUUAAUUUUUUUUUCUGGCGAGAAAUCAGAGCAUAUGCUCUUUCGGAUACUCCUAACAAAAACUUUAUCUUGUCUAUAAAAUCUAGCUCCCUUCCAUUGCUGGCAUUCAUGUCCUAAUUGCAAUCUCACCAUUUCAUCGUCAUCAAGCACCCUCUUUGAGAGAGAGAGAGAGAGAGAGAGAGAGAGAGAGAGAGAGGUGUUGGAGAUGACGAAGUUUCAAUGUUCAAUUGCGAUCAGUCUCGUGUUACUACAGUGCCUAGCGGUCCACGUUGCAUCGCAGAGCUUUGAUUUCUUUUACUUUGUUCAACAAUGGCCGGGGUCAUACUGCGACACACAGCAGUCUUGUUGCUAUCCAACCACUGGGAAGCCAGCGGCGGAUUUCGGGAUUCAUGGGCUUUGGCCUAAUUACAAUGAUGGCUCGUACCCUUCCAACUGCGAUUCGAGCAGCCCCUUCAAUCCGUCUGAGGUAUCAGACCUGAAAAGUAGCAUGCAGAAUAGCUGGCCAACACUGGCAUGCCCAAGCGGCGAUGGUGAACAGUUCUGGUCGCACGAAUGGGAGAAACACGGUACCUGCUCGGAGUCUGUCCUUGAUCAACACGCCUACUUCGAGUCGGCUCUCAGCCUCAAACAGAAGGUUAACCUCCUCCAAGCACUGAAAAGCGCAGGAAUAACACCAGGAGGUUCAUACAGCUUAAAGAGCAUAAAGGACGCGAUCACGGAAGCAGCAGGGUACACUCCAUGGAUCGAGUGCAACAAGGACUCAUCUGGGAAUUACCAGAUUUACCAGAUUUACCUGUGCGUCGACACUUCUGGGUCCAAUCUAAUUGAAUGCCCCGUGUUUCCUAAGGGCACAUGCUCUUCAGAGAUCGAGUUCCCUUCUUUCUAGAACUUAAAUAUAUGCCUGUGUGCGGUAUUGUGUCGUGUUGUGUCAUGUUGGGUUACGAGCUUCUAUUUCUUUGCUUCAUUCGCAUAAUUUUUCGGAACGACGUGACUCCAUCCUGUUCAUUCACAUGGUAUUGUCACUGUUACAGCUCAAGCUGCAGAAGCGAGCCUAAGAAGGGCUUUUAAUAACAUGGCUAAUGUAGCCUCUUCAGCAAA